CUUGCAAUAGUAGCGAAGUAGGAGUUGUGGCUACUCUCAUCUUUUCUUUGGUCAAAGCAAUUUUCCAACUUAUCUAAUGUUAUAAAUUGAUGCUGUGCGAGUAAAUUAAACAUAAAAUGCCGAAAGUACGAAGAAGUAAAAAAUCACCACCUGAUGGAUGGGAAUUGAUUGAACCUACUUUGGAAGAAUUGGAGCAAAAAAUGCGCGAAGCGGAGACCGAACCACACGAAGGAAAGCGUAAGCAGGAAUCUUUGUGGCCAAUCUUCAAGAUUCAUCAUCAAAAAUCGCGCUACAUUUAUGAUUUGUUCUACCGUCGAAAAGCUAUUAGUCGUGAACUAUACGACUACUGCCUGAAUGAGAAUAUAGCAGAUAAGAAUCUCAUAGCUAAGUGGAAGAAAGUUGGUUAUGAAAACUUGUGCUGUCUCCGAUGCAUCCAGACACGAGAUACAAACUUUGGUACAAAUUGCAUCUGCCGUGUACCUAAGGGAAAGCUGGAGGAAGGCAGAAUAGUUGAAUGCAUUCACUGUGGAUGCAGAGGCUGCUCGGGUUGACGUUAAAUAAUUUUAACAUUUAAAGACAACAACCGGACUCAAGUAUUCUUGUAAAUAAUUGUGUUCACAAUGCGAGCACUACUCUGCCAAUCCUUUCCUCUACUGUGCACAUAUUAAUUGAGUGAUCCAUUAAUUCACUGACCAAAGAUUUAUAAUUCAUCCCCUUAGUCUAAAUUUCAUUAUUUUUUGUAGAGGGAGUUAAAAGGACUAAUAUCCAUUACAUUACAUUUCUUUUCACGGAAAGUGCAAGUGGGAAUCCUUAAAGUUAGAGUGGAUCCCAAAACCUUUACUGCAAGCAAUUUCUCAUCAGGUGGUAAAUUACUGCAUAUUUUUAAAAAAUCAUGUUCACAAAAUAUGAAUUUGAAUGUAUUCUUGAUGAUUUAGCUCUGGGGAGCUUAGAAAAAUGAAGGUACAGAUUUAAGAUCUUAAUUCAGGAUAAAAACAUGAAUCAUUACGUGAAAUGACGAAUUCACAUUGGUUUAUUGCAAUCAUUUUGAAAUUUGUUUUGCUAUAAUUUGGACUAUGAAAGUAGAUUGUAAAGGCUAUAAAAAAAAACUAAGUUGUAUGAUUAUAUUAUUUCAUUACGAGAGACAAUUUUUUUUUCUUUUAAAUUGAACCGUCUGAGCAAUUUCUUGCAAAGGACCAAACCAGGCGUCUAACCCAUGGCCUAAUAAGAUCGUAAACUUUUACCACUUA